AUGCAGGCGGCGCGGGGCGGCGCGGGGCAGCCGGGCCGGGCGGGCCGCGGGCCGGAGCGUGAGCGCCAGCGGUCGCCGGGCGCCGGAGCCGUGUUCCCCUGCGCCGCCCCGGGCCGGCCGGCCGGAGGGGCCGCCAUGCGCCCCGCGCCGCCCCGCGCCGCGCUCCGCCUGUGGCUGGGCUGCGUCUGCUUCGCGCUGGUGCAGGCGGACAGCCCCUCAGCCCCAGUGAACGUCACCGUCAGGCACCUCAAGGCCAACUCGGCGGUGGUGAGCUGGGACGUCCUGGAGGAGGAGGUUGUCAUCGGAUUCGCCAUCUCUCAACAGAAGAAGGACGUGCGGAUGCUGCGCUUCAUCCAGGAGGUGAACACCACCACGCGCUCGUGCGCCCUCUGGGACCUGGAGGAGGACACGGAGUACAUCGUGCACGUGCAGGCCAUCUCCAUCCAGGGCCAGAGCCCGGCCAGCGAGCCAGUGCUCUUCAAGACCCCGCGCGAGGCGGAGAAGAUGGCCUCCAAGAACAAAGACGAGGUGACCAUGAAGGAGAUGGGGAGGAACCAUCAGCUGCGGACGGGGGAGGUGCUGAUCAUCGUGGUGGUCCUGUUCAUGUGGGCAGGAGUCAUUGCUCUCUUCUGCCGCCAGUAUGACAUCAUCAAGGACAACGAGCCCAACAGCAACAAGGAGAAAGCCAAGAGCGCGUCAGAAACCAGCACCCCAGAGCACCAGGGUGGGGGGCUUCUCCGCAGCAAGUUUCCCAAUAAGCCCUCAGUGAACAUCAUCGAAGCCUGACUGUCUGCAGGGGAAGGAUUUCAGGUGCGACUGCAGCAGGGGGAGGAGGCACAGCUGGCUGCACAGUCCCCUGCCCUGCCCUAGUCUGAUGAAGGAGGUUGAACUACAAACCCAAAUUCUGCAAAAAAAAAAAAAAAAAAAAAAAAAAGCCACACAACUCAAAGCCUGGCCCCAUUCUGGAAAAGGCAAAGCUGCAUGACACAGCCGCCUGCCGCCUCCUCUCCUGCACAGAGCUCUGGGACCUGACAAGCGCUAAGACGGACUCCAGCUGUCUUGCAGACCCUGGAACGGCAGGGAAGCCUGGGCUGCCUGCUGCGUGGGGGUGUGGCUGCCGGCAGGCCUUUUCCGGACCCAGCCGUCAGGGACUUGUCUGUGGUGUGAGGCGCACCUUUGCGAGUGUGUGAGACAUCACGUUUUGUGUCUUUUGGAAAACAGAAGUUGAGGGCUGCACUCCAGAGGGCAGAGGGAUUUCCCGCUAGGCCUGAGCUGGUUGCCUGUGUCUGUCUCCUCCGAACCUUACUUUGGUUCUAAGCUUGUCAGUCUGGGGCCUUAAGAAGACCCGGAAGGUACUGGCCUCGUUUCCUUAGGAAGUGUGUCUUGGGAGUUUCAGCAGUGCUCGCGUGGAUGACCCAAAUGGCGCAUCCACAUCCUGCGCCCCCGGGGGGGGGGGGGGCUGCUAAACCAACCAGUCCGCAGCGGAAGCUGCUGGAAGGCAGGUCUGAGCCAUUCACACGGCCAGGCAGCGCAGCCCUGGCUGUCACCACUGCCCUCUGGUGGGGGGAGGGUCUUCAUGUCUUGCCAUGUCAUCCGGGAUUCUUGUGAGUUCCCCAGGGUCCUCAUGUCCUUCCCUAGAGCCCGGGUGGUGUGAGUGACAGGUCUCUCUCUCUCCGUCUCCACUGCCCCCUUCUGGUUAAAAGGUGCUCGAUGCGGGAAGGCAGCCUCUUCCCUAGGACUGACACCUGCAUGGGAGGAGGUGGACUCUGCCUCUUCCACCGCUGGCCAAGGAUGCAGCGUGGGAGGAUGGCGCCCAGCACAAGUCUGGCACACAGUAGGCGCUCAGUAAACAUUUGUUGAAUUGGAUGAAAAGAGCGUUGGCCCCCAAGCUGGAGAGCUGAAAGCCAUCAUCCAGUGACCGCCCCUUUCCUUCCGGUCCACAAGAGCUCUCAUGGCGGGUCAGCCUCAGCUCCGCUCCGCCCGAGGGCGGCGGCACAGUGGACCGAGAGGAGACCACGGGCAGAUGUCAGCAAGGCAAAGGGCUUCCUCAGGGGAGGGCAGGAGGCGCUACUCAUUGUCUUGUGACUUCCAUCCCUGCGGAAUGGGGCUGCAAAGGCCGGCCGAGGCCCCCUAGGGGCGAGGUCCUUACCUCUGAUCCAGUUAGAGCAAUAACCACUUUUUAAAUGUAAAAUAAAAAGACAAAUGAA